AUGAUGCAUGCCAUGAGCUAUCUUGUGGCAACGUCCAUGGCAGUAGGAUUACUCCUCGGUGCCGUCUUCCCAACAGUCAAGGCAGCUUCAGGCAAUGCAACGGCGAGCCGGAACACGACGGCGUCGGCACUGACACCGUUCGGCACGAACCACACCGUCGGCGACGGUGCCGGGUGGCUGUUUGACGGCAAGGCGAAUGCCUCGGCGGCCAACUACUCGGCCUGGGCAGCCAACCGCACCUUCUACCUCGGCGACUACCUCAGCUUCAGGAUCCGCACGGAUAACACGGUCGUGCACACGACCAACGCUACGGUAUACAAGCUCUGCGGCUACGACGGUGGCACCAUCGGUGGCGGGUGGAAGGCAGAGGAGGCCUUCUUGACGGUGAUGCUAGCUGCGGAGGGCGCAAAUUACUUCUUCUCGGACGCCGGCGAGGGGGAGCACUGCCGGAGGGGGAUGCGGUUCGACGUCACCGUGGCGCGCGGCCGCGGCCUCCCACAAAUACCACCGUCGUACUACGAGCCGCUGUCCGGCGGGACGGCAGGGAGGGGGCCCGGCGAGGUGGUGCCCAUCUGGGUUGCUGUGAACGCUGCCUUUGCUGCUUUGCUGAUGCUGUGA